CCCGUGCAGGUGAAUGGUCAAGAUGUAUCGAACUCGAGCCACGAGGACGCGGUGCGUUGCUUCCAAUUGGCCCAGGAACCGAUCAUCGUGGAGGUGUUGCGGCGACAGCCAGUUCAACAGCAGCAACAGCAACAGCAGAAUCAGCGUGCCGGAUGGAAGGAACAGGAGAGUCGGGGAACAGAACCGGAGAAAGAAUCGGAGAGAACGAUCGAGGCUGGCGGCAAACGGGAAAACGCGAUCAACACUUGCCCGAACUUGGUCUCGACCGCGGUGCAAACCGACUGGGCCGGGCUCCUCGAGGCCGAGGAAGAAGAACUGCUGCCGGUGGUUGACGAGCAACCGAACGACAGCUUCGAGGAUUUCCUCGCGCAUGACAUCGACUUCGAGGAGGUGACGUUGCGGAAGACGGGCAGCGCGGAGAAGCUGGGGCUGACGGUGUGUUACAGUUCCGGUUCCGGCAGCGAGGACGCCGAUACCGAGGUGUACAUCUCGGAGAUAGUUCCUGAAAGUCUGGCAGCGCGCGAUGGCCGAUUGCGCGAGGGCGACCAAAUCUUGAGGGUGAAUGGAAAGGACGUGGCGAACAAAGAACAAACGGAGAACCUGUUCGCCGAAACGAAGAGCGCAGUGACCAUUCUCGUCAGCCGGUGUCUUUAUCAGGAGGACGAUUACAAGGAGAGGCGAGCGUACCAUCGGGGUUCGCCGCUGCUCUCGCCAGAUCAUCUGCCCUCCUACCAGAACAGCUUGAUCGAGCAGCUAAUUCGCCAGCAGCAACAGCAGACGGAGGAGCGGACCAAAGACACGGAGGAGAACGACUGUACGUUGAAGCCACCGCCGCCACCGCCGCCUCCAGUGCCCUGUCACACGCCCGGGCAUCAAGCGAGCAACACUCCUUCUUCCAGCUGCUCUUCCCAAACCUCGCAGAAAUCAUCCAACAGAAACGCCGCGUCGCCUGCUCGGCACGCGGAUCACGACCGCAAACAGUGGAUGCAGGAGGCAUUGAAGGAUUGCUCGAAGAAGAUGGAGGGUCUCUCUGUACGUGGUCAGUCGCAGACAAGUGGAGGCGGAGGAGGAGGAGGUGGGGGAGGAGGAGGAACGGUUCCAGUUAGACUGGCAGACGCUUACUCGAAUCACGUGUGGAGCGAAACGGAGCACAUCUACGAGACUAUACCAGAGUCUGACAGCGAGCCGAUAUAUUCCUCGCCGUACGAGCAUCACAGACAGUGGCAUCAUGCGAACCAUACUUCCAACGUCAUCGUCACUACCGCACAAACGACGAUCACGACUACAAACACCAACACCUCGAACCAACAGGGGAACCAAACGGGGGGAAGAUGGUACUGUUCCUCGAAGAGCAAUAGCUCCGGCGAGGAGAAGGACAGCUCGAGCGCGUAUAAUACCGGUGAGUCUUGCAACAGCAACCCUCUCACGCUCGAGUUGCAACGUGGCGAGAAGGAUCAUCACAAGAGCACGCUGGUCCUCUGCCCUCCGAAAGCGUCGUUGCAGCAACACCAGCAACAACAGCAGCAACAGCAGAGGCUCGGCUGCACGUGCCCUACGUUCGCCAACAGACAGAUGAGAAACCGAGAGUCGAAUAAAAGAGGCUCGAGCUCUUAUCACUACAGAGAUCGCGCGGCGGAUCCGGCGAACGCGAGCAACUUACCCGCGGACACCAUGUACACGAACAUGGCUAAUCUUCAGCAGACGAUGCUGUUGCAGCAACAGCUGUUUAAACAGGCGCUUGAUCGGAGAAACUCGACCAUCGGCGGAUCUCGGGAGAGCAGCAGCGUCACCGCGGUCGCUGCUGCUGGUGGCACCGCGAAGAAGUCCAAGUCGCACGGUAAUUUCCAAGCGCCGAAUUUAACCCGAUAUCAGUUUGUCGGUAGCCAGCAGGUGUGCGCGUCCAGCUCGUGGAUACCGCCGGAGAGCAAGGGCGACGAGGUGCAAAUGGAGUGGAAAGUGAAGAGGAGAGCGGACGGGACCAGGUACAUAGCGCGGAGGCCGGUUAGAAAUCGCAUUCUGAGAAACAGAGCGAUCAAAAUAUCGGAGGAGAGGGCUGGCCACAGCACGGAAGAUGACACCAUGUCGGAAGUGAAGGUGGGCAAAUACUGGACCAAGGAGGAACGUAAGAGACAGUUGGAACGUGCUCGCGAACGCAAACAAAGGCAACAAGAACUUCAACUGCAGCAACAGCAACAGCAACUUCAACAGCAGCAGCAGCAGCAGCAGCAACAGCAGCUUCAGAUGCAGCAGACCAACGAAUUGUUGACGUGCGAGCAUGGAGAACAUGAGAAGCUUCCGAAGAAGCCGCUGAACAUCGUGGAACUCAGUCACAAAAAGAUGGCUCGUAAAAAGAACACGUUGGACGAUUUCACCACUGUUCAAGAGAUGUUGGUUCACGGAAACAGGGUCGGUAGUGCGGGAGGUCCCGGCACUGGUGGCAAACUAAUGGGCCUUCUUUCGGUAACGACCGUUUGAAUUGUAAAACGUGAAGCGUGAAAAUCUACAAGUGGCGGAAAAAGAAUUUCUUCGCUGUUUCUGCGUGCUUCCUUUUGUCGCGUUAUAUGUGUCUCGCCAUAAGUGAUCUCGUCACUGUACGAUCGUUCUCCAGACUCUGUUUAACUGUUUUUGUAAUUAUAUCUUUAAUCGACGCGCGUACACAAGAUCAAUAUCACCGCUCUACAAAUGUUCACUCCCCUUUCUUUCACCGUCAAUCACGCCGUUUUAUCUUUAUGUUUAUUUGGGCUACGAAAACCGUGACUGAACUUCAUCAUAUUUCCAAUGGAUUACAAGCGAGCGAAACGAGUCGUUUAUGGUCGUCGAAAUAACGUAAAUUCCGAAUACGGUUGUACAUAUUUCUCGUAUAACAAUAUAAAUGUACGUAGAUUAUUUUACACGAACUGAAACUUUGUGGAUAAAGAAAAUAGAACGAGUACGCUUUUGUAGAUAUGUACAAUAAACGUAACGAUGGUAUAAUUAUGAAUAAAACGCGAAUGAAAAUUGUGAAUCAUGGCCCUGUGACCUACGGAGAAGGACGAAAAAGGAAAAAACGAAUAUCAGCGUCGUCCCGUGCAACCUUUCCUUUCUCGCGAGUCGAUUGAACGACACGAAACGUUGAGUUGCCAUGCGAACAAAAUGUAAUAAAACAGGUAAAAUGUGCCGUAACAAAAAUAUAUAUGUAUAUAUAUACAUAUACAUAUAUCACAUAUAUAUACGAAGAAUCACAUAUUUUAUUACGAAAUUCGAAAAUCCUCAUCAUCGACAUGUGUAUCUGCUCAUGUGUCUAUUUAACCAUCUAUCUAUCCAUCUGUCUAUUGCAUGAACGAUGCGUUGAUGUUUAAGCUGCUUAAAACCUUCCGUUCCGGAAUAUUUAGAUGCUGAAUGUACGCUGGAAAGCAGUGAUGAGUCGAAAAAUUUAAUAAAAAGUCUCGCAAGUAUUGACUCAGAUUCAAGUGAUAGAUGGAAUCUUGCAGUAAAUCCGGAUCGUCCUCGUCUUCCUCGAUUUCGUUCGCAGUUUCUCCCAACACUAAUUGAUAAAAUGAUAAUUUCUCGUGUUAAACAAGAAUUAUAUUAUAACGUUAAUAUUAGCAAAAAUGAUUAACGAGUCAAGACGUGCCGAUAACACCACAGACUCGCACUUCACUUACAUAACAUAGUUUCGUAACCUGGAUCUAAGUAGGCGUCCUCACCGUCAUCUUCGUCGUCGUCAUUGUCUGAAUCCUGCGCGUUAAACGAUUUGAUUAGGUCGAAUCGCAAGACAAAAAAUAAAAUAUCAAAGAUGUUAUCAUGCGUUGUCACUAACAUCCGUCUCUUGGCUAGCGGCGACCGCUUCGAUGUCGUUCGACAACUCAUUGAUUAUCAGCUUAAAUAUUUUCACCAAAACAGGUAUGGUGGUCCACUGAUAAGGCUGUGAUUCGGCUUUACUCCUAGUCCUCACGCCUUCUUCAUUUCCUACGUAUUCUCGAAUUUUAAUUAGUCACUCGCUGUUUUGGAAUAAAUAUUUUAUCGACAUCUUGUACUAAUUGAGAUUUAAAAUAAACAUUCAGAAGAAUUAACGAAAAAAAA